CUCUUUUCUCAUCUUGCCACCAUGCUCGACGACACGCCUAUCCCCGACGACCAGCAUCGCGACAGGAGCCGUAUUUUCGAAGAGUUUCUUGACUCUGAAUCUGAUAUCUACAACUACAAAGAUGAUAUUUACAGAAUGCUUCGGAUGGACCAGACGCGUCUUAUCGUUAAUAUCGACGACCUCCGCGACUACAGGCGUGAAUUCGCAGACGGUCUGCUCAAGCAUCCAGUAGACUACCUGCCGGCCUUUGACGACGCACUUUCCGCCAUUGUUUCCCGUGUUCAUGAUCCUCAAAAGCACGAGAUCGAGAACAAGAGCUACUGUAUAGGAUUCAGUGGUUCCUUCGGUGACCACCAUGUCACCCCUAGAACUCUCCAUGCCGCCCAUCUUGGAACCAUGAUAUCCUUAGAAGGAAUCAUAACUCGUUGUUCCCUCGUGCGUCCCAAGAUGCUCAAGUCGGUGCACUAUUGCCCCGAAACACACCUUUUCCAUUCGCGAGAAUAUCGUGACGCGACAUCCUCCAGCUCAAACCUUCCACCUACGUCGUCUGUUACUCCACAGACCGACGAUGAUGGACAUCUCCUUCAAACCGAAUACGGUCUUUGCGUCUUCCGUGACCACCAGCGGAUCAGCAUCCAAGAGAUGCCUGAGCGUGCACCUGCAGGCCAAUUACCUCGUAGUACUGACAUAAUAUUGGACGAUGAUCUAGUAGAUAAAUGCAAGCCAGGUGAUCGAAUCCAACUGGUUGGGAUGUAUCGUAGUGUUGGUGGUGGGUCCAGUGGGGCAUUCAAGUCCUUGAUUCUUGCCAACAAUAUCAAUCUUCUGUCUUCCAAAAUUGGUGGUGGCAUUGCGCAAACCCCUCUCACCGAUACAGAUAUUCGCCAGAUCAAUCAACUAGCUAAAAAGUCGGACAUCUUCAGGGAACUCUCAGAAUCUCUUGCGCCAUCCAUUUGCGGUCAUGAAUAUAUCAAAAGGGCCAUCCUUCUUCUACUACUGGGCGGUGCAGAAAAAAAUCUGCCGAAUGGUACACAUAUCCGUGGUGACAUCAAUUUGCUGAUGGUUGGCGAUCCCUCUACGGCUAAAUCGCAGCUCCUGAGGUUCGUGCUCGGCACGGCACCUCUUGCUAUUGCAACUACAGGUAGAGGGAGCUCUGGAGUUGGUCUGACCGCGGCUGUGACAACAGAUCGCGAUACAGGAGAACGGCGUCUAGAAGCUGGUGCCAUGGUUCUGGCUGAUCGUGGUGUGGUAUGUAUCGAUGAAUUUGACAAGAUGUCGGACAUCGACAGGGUAGCCAUCCAUGAAGUUAUGGAGCAACAGACAGUUACUAUUGCCAAAGCUGGAAUCCAUACAAGUUUGAAUGCUAGGUGUAGUGUUGUAGCCGCUGCCAACCCUAUCUACGGCCAGUACGAUAUCCACAAAGAUCCUCAUAAAAACAUCGCACUCCCGGAUUCUCUUCUCUCUCGUUUCGAUCUCCUCUUCAUUGUGACAGACGAUGUCGAUGAAAAACGCGACCGACAAAUUGCCGAUCACGUCCUGCGUAUACAUCGGUAUCUACCUCCUGGUGUCGAAGAAGGCACUCCGUCUCAAGACAAUCUAUCUCAACCUCUAUCCGUAGAUGGACCCUCCAACGCUCCAACUGACAAUGAGGCCGACAGCAGUCCUUACGAGAAAUUUGAUCCAUUGUUGCACAUCGGUGUUGCGGCCUCUAAUGCCGGCCGAAAAACGCGUAGUCAAACGGCAGCGCAGGCUGCUCAGACGCAGGUCCUCAAACUGUCCUUCGUGAAGAAAUAUAUACAGUAUGCGAAAAGCAAAGCGGCACCGGUUUUGACGAAGGGUGCAGCAGACCACAUCGUUCAGGUAUACGCCACCCUUCGAAACGAAAUCAUGGAGGGGAAUAAUAAAAGAACUUCGCCGCUGACUGCACGUACUUUGGAGACACUGAUUCGUCUGGCUACGGCGCAUGCUAAGGCCCGCCUGUCUGUCAAGGUUGAGCAUCAGGAUGCGAAACAAGCUGAAGAAAUCAUGCGGUUUGCCCUCUUCAAGGAAGUUCCCAAACGUCAGCGCCGAAAGAAGAGAAAGCUCAACAAUGGUGCGGCCGUUCGGAAAGGGACAGAUGACGGGAGUGAUGAAGAAUCCGGUGGCGAAGAGACUGGAGACGAUGAGCCUGCCACCGAGAGGAUGAGUAUGCCCCCUGCGUCUCCUAAGACGACAGGAACAACAGCCGUCCAGGACCCUGUCUGGGGCGACGAGAGUCAAGACGUGACGAUGGUAGCGUCCUCGUCUGGUUCCGCUGCUGUAAGUGGAAAGAUGAGCCCUGAAAGAUACACCUUCUUUCGGUCUCGGGUAUCCAAAUUAUUCGGCUCAAAGCUGCGGGAUGAUGAGUCAGUCUUCCUAAAAGAUCUACUCGAGAUGGUCAACGAGGGCUUGUCCACGGAUAUGCUUUUUGGGACAGCCGAAGCUACAGAAGCAUGUCAGAUCAUGACAGAUGCAGAAGAGCUAAUGCUUAGCGAAGGGAUCAUCUACAAACUUUGAUCUAUGUCUUUCGCAUUACUUAUUUUACGCUGUUUUUAUGCUUUCGAUUUUUAUGAUCUGUUGUUGUAGAACUAACUAUACAUAAUAAUCCCUACG